GGGGUGGUAGGGUCGUAGUAGAGACCGCUCCACUGUCGUGUUAAGUAUACUGCUGCGUGCUCUUCCCUGUUCUGUUUUUGUUUUGCCUUCUCUAUCUCUGGGCUGUGUGCUCCACUUUGACACCGUUUUCGUGGACAAAUCAUGGCGGCUCCCAAUUACAACGCUCCAGGCGGAGAGCAGCUCGACAUCGAGAAGAGACGGGCUCCUUCGAAGGCCUCUUCUUCCAGUGGAGGCAAGGAAUACAAUGAGGAGAUCAACGAUGGUCCACCACGACAGGCGAGCGUGGCUGCGAAGCUUCGCAAUCCUCUCUCGGGCAUGACCGAGGAAGAAGUCAUCCAGGAUGUAGAUGCGUUCGUCGAGGCUCGUGGACUGCAGAAUCAUCGAGAGGCAUUCCGCAAAGGCGGACUGUUGGCACGUGUGUCCCAGCGCUCCCCGGAAACUGGCUUUCAGCGGAUCUCUGCUCUGUCAGACGAAGAAAAGAGCUGGCUGCAAGAGGAGAAUGAUCACAAAUGGCGCCAGCCAUUCAUGUUGUAUUUCCUCGUCGUGCUCUGCGCCGGCUCUGCCAUCGUGCAAGGAAUGGACCAGACUGCCGUGAAUGGAGCGCAACAGUUCUACUUCCGAACUUUCAACAUCGGAGAAGAGGAAGUCUGGAGGCGUGGACUGCUAAACGGAGCGCCAUACCUCUGCUCCGCUCUGAUCGGAUGCUGGACCAAUGCACCUCUCAACAAGUUCUUCGGACGACGUGGUACCAUCUUCAUUUCCUGCUUCAUCUCCUUCGUUGCUGGACUAUGGAUGGCUGCCGCGGACACUUGGUGGAAUCUGCUUAUCGCCCGAUUCGCUCUCGGUUUCGCCGUGGGCGCCAAAUCCAGUACGACACCAGUCUACGCCGCUGAGUCGGCUCCAAAGAACAUUCGUGGUGCGCUCACCAUGAUGUGGCAAAUGUGGACUGCAUUCGGCAUCAUGUUGGGAUUCGUUGCAUCUGUCGCAUUCCAGAACGUCGACAUCUUGGGAGAAGAUACCCAAUGGCGAUGGAUGUUGGCUUCCACGUCCAUUCCUCCACUCAUUGUCAUGUUCCAGGUUUACCUGUGCCCAGAGUCGCCGCGUUGGUACAUGGAGAAGGGCAAGUUCGACAAGGCUUUCACCGCUUUGCAGCGCUUGCGAUCGCACGAUAUUCAGGCCGCGCGAGACAUGUACUAUGCGUACAAGCUGCUCGAAGUUGAAGCUGGAGAGCGAGAGGGCAAGAGCUUGUGGAAGGAGUUCUUCUUCGUCCGACGCAACCGACGUGCCGCACAGAGCUCGUUCUUCGUCAUGUUCAUGCAACAAUUUUGUGGUGUCAAUGUCAUCGCAUACUACUCUACCCAGAUCUUCGUCGAUGGAGGGUUUUCUGAGCCAAAUGCGCUGCUCGUGUCCCUCGGAACUGGUAUCGUCAACUGGCUGUUCGCCAUUCCUGCGGUCUACACUAUUGACACUUUCGGUCGUCGAAACCUUUUACUGACCACAUUCCCACUGAUGGCCAUCUGCCUCUUCUGGUGUGGUUUCUCUUUCCUCAUCCCGGACACGCCCAGCACUGCUCCAGCAGCCGAGGAUGGCUUCAUCACCGGUCCCGGCAAAUUGGGUAGCAUCGCAGCGUCCAUCUACCUUUUCAUGGUCUUCUACUCACCCGGAAUGGGACCUGUGCCGUUCACGUACAGCGCGGAAGCCUUCCCUCUGUACAUCCGUGAUAUCGGAAUGUCGUUUGCCACAGCUACCACCUGGGGCUUCAACUUCAUCAUCUCCUUGACCUGGCCAGCUUUGCGUGCGGCUUUCACGCCCACGGGAGCAUUCUGUUGGUACGCCGGAUGGAACAUGUUUGGCUGGGUCUUCUCAUACUUCUUCCUUCCCGAGACCAAGAAUCUCACGCUGGAAGAGCUGGAUAAUGUUUUCAACGUCGGUAAUCGGCAACACUCCAAGUACUAUGCGGAGAAGUUGCCAUGGUACUUCAACAAGAACAUUAUGCGCCGCGAUGUCGCGCCUUUCGAGCCGCUGUACGAGUUCGCGGAUCCGGAAGCAGAGACUGAACGCCGCGCAAGUCUCAAGGCGUGAACGAAGUCGGGCCCGAUGCAAGCACAGUAGAUAGCAUCAUAUCGCAUACAGCAUAGUCCUUGAUCUUCAGCCAAGGGAUAAUGAUUAAUGAUCCAGGAAAUACCUGCUGCCACUCUCAG